CUCAGGUUCUUCUGUUACUCCUCAUUUGCGUCUUCUCUUUUACAUUUAUCGAUGCUUAUAUCUAAUAUUUGACGAUUUGUUUCUAGGAAAUUUCUCUCUUAGUUCAUACUUGUUCUCUUCCCCCUUCUUUUCGUCUUCUGGAAUUAUAAUUAUUUCUCACAUUAAAGGAUCUAAUUUCACAUUAAGUUUAGAUUACGAGCUUUAAUUGGGAUGUGGCUGAGAUAAGGGCAAUUGACCAAUCUUCGUUUUUAGUAAACUUUUGGUGAACCCAUGCGGUUUCUGCUAGCUAUUGAGUGCAGAACCGUAUAUUUGUAUCAGAACAAUUUUCCACAACAUCAAUAAAUUAUUACUUUAUUUGAAAAAAAAAAUAAGCUCCUUGGCAUGGCUCGAGGUUGUUGAAAAAAGCUGGAAACGUUUUUGUGUAGAUUGUUUGGUAAAGAAGGCUGACUACAGUUGCAUAGAUAGGUUUCUGUUUCUGCGUGGUAGAUAUUGCUCUCCAUGUCUGUUGAACGAACUUUGAAGAAGCUGGUUUCUGGUGUCAUCCUUGAUUUGGAUGGUACACUUCUUAAUACAGAUGGUGUUGUGAGUGAGAUUUUAAAGGCUUUCUUAGUUAAGUAUGGAAAGCAAUGGGAUGGGAGAGAAGCUCCUAAAAUAGUCGGGAAAACCCCUACAGAAGCUGCAGCUGCAGUUGUCGAAGAUUAUGGGCUCCCAUUAUCAACAGAUGAAUUUCUUUCACAAUUUUACCCAAUGCUCUCUGACCAGUGGCGCAAUAUCAAAGCUCUUCCAGGGGCCAAUCGGUUGAUUAACCAUUUGAGGGGUCAUGGUGUACCCAUGGCAUUGGCUUCAAAUUCUUCUCGGUCUAACAUAGAGACCAAAAUUUUUCAUCAUCAGGGAUGGAAAGAAUCAUUCUCAGCCAUUGUUGGAGGAGACGAAGUGAAAGCUGGAAAGCCAUCUCCGGAAAUAUUUCUUGAAGCAGCUAAAAGACUCAACAUGGAUCCAUCCAGCUUUCUUGUCAUUGAAGAUUCAAUACCAGGUGUUACUGCUGGUAAGGCUGCUGGAAUGGCAGUUGUUGCUGUACCAUCUCUUGCAAAGCAGUCUCAUCUUUAUACUUCCGCUGAUGAAGUGAUCACUUCUCUUCUAGAUUUGCAACUAGAAAAGUGGGGAUUACCUGCAUUUCAAGAUAGAAUAGAAGGUACUUUGCCCUUAGAACCUUGGUAUAUAGGUGGUCCUGUCAUAAAGGGAUUUGGGCGCGGCUCAAAGGUUCUUGGGAUCCCCACAGCUAAUUUAUCCCCAGAAGGUUAUUCAGCCAUUCUUUCAGAACAUCCAGCGGGUGUAUAUUUUGGAUGGGCAGGAUUAUCAGCUCGUGGUGUUUACAAGAUGGUCAUGAGCA